GAGGAGUAGGCUGGGCGGGCCGAGAGAGAAACUUCCGCCCUUCACCGACAUGGCCGCAGGCUGGGAGUGCGCAUGAGCAGCUGUCCAUGGAGCUACCCGGGUCCAGCGCGGGGAGAACACGGUCCGGGAAAAGCAGCGACUGAGGCGGCUUUGGCCGGACUUAGCACACAGGGCUGUGAGGCGGGAGAUACGAAGACCUCCAGAAAAGGACGAGUUCCUCGGAUGUGCCCCCUCACAGAGAGAUGAAGGGGCAGCAGAAAACAGCUGAAACAGAAGAGGGGACAGUGCAGAUUCAGGAAGGUGCAGUGGCAACUGGGGAGGACCCAACCAGUGUGGCUAUCGCCAGCAUCCAGUCAGCUGCCACCUUCCCUGACCCCAACGUCAAGUACGUCUUCCGAACUGAGAAUGGGGGCCAGGUGAUGUACAGGGUGAUCCAGGUGUCUGAGGGACAGCUGGAUGGCCAGACUGAGGGCAGUGGCGCCAUCAGUGGCUAUCCUGCAACUCAGUCCAUGACCCAGGCAGUGAUCCAGGGUGCAUUCACCAGUGAUGAUGCAGUUGACACAGAGGGGACAGCUGCUGAGACGCACUAUACUUACUUCCCCAGCACUGCAGUGGGAGAUGGAGCAGGGGGUACCACAUCAGGAAGUACAGCUGCUGUUGUUACUACCCAGGGCUCAGAGGCACUACUGGGGCAGGCAACUCCUCCCGGCACUGGUCAAUUCUUUGUGAUGAUGUCUCCACAAGAAGUGUUGCAGGGAGGAAGCCAGCGCUCCAUUGCCCCUAGGACUCACCCUUAUUCCCCGAAAUCAGAAGCUCCUCGGACAACUCGCGAUGAGAAACGUAGGGCUCAGCACAAUGAAGUGGAGCGCCGCCGUCGGGACAAGAUCAACAACUGGAUUGUGCAGCUGUCCAAGAUCAUCCCAGACUGCUCCAUGGAGAGCACCAAGUCUGGCCAGGUCAUGGAAACCCUAGUAGUGGGCAGGAUGCCUGAAUUGUCUCCCAAUAUUUCCGGAAGUAGUAAUAAGUGGGGCAUACAUGGUAGUCAUCUUUUCUUAUUUCUGUCUGAGGCUCCUGUGUCCCUGAGAGAUGUUAAACCACCAUGCUUAGGGGAAAAUGAGGUCCAAUGUGUGAAAAUGCUUUUGGAAAGCAAGCCAGGUAUCUUAAAUCCUAGUGCUCAUUUUGUUGAGUUUUUCUUGCAGAGUAAAGGUGGAAUUCUGUCCAAAGCCUGUGAUUAUAUCCAGGAGCUUCGACAGAGUAACCACCGGUUGUCUGAGGAACUGCAGGGGCUCGACCAACUGCAGCUGGACAAUGAUGUGCUUCGACAGCAGGUGGAAGAUCUUAAAAACAAGAACCUGCUGCUACGAGCUCAGUUGCGGCACCAUGGAGUAGAGGUCGUCAUCAAGAAUGACAGCAAUUAACCAUGGGGAUCAAGGGGCUUUGGGCCCUAUAUAUAGCCCCUUUCUGAGAACUGCAGAUAGCCCAGGAGCAACAGGCUACUCCUGUGCCCCUUUCCUUCACUGCCCACCUUUGGCAUGGGACUGGGGGUAGUUCAGAAGGCGUAUCUUUGAACUGUGGCCCUGUGAUACAGCAGCCCACAGUGGUGUGAAACACAAUGUGGACGUGCACUGACAGCCUUGCCUACCCGCACCACGCAGCUCCUGGGCCCUUGUGCUCUUCUUGCACAAUGCAUGUGCUGUUUCCAUGCUGGAUACUGGACACACUAAACUGGGGGUCUUGUCCUGUGCUUGCUUAGAGUACCCAGCAGAGUCUGCUGACAGGUGAUACUCUGGCACUUCCACUGGUUCUUCCUUUCGUUGGAGCUGAGGUUCAGAUGUGCACCUGGCGACUCUGGGGAACAGGCCUUAGCAAGAAGUGGGGGAAGAGGAGCUUGGCCAGCAAGCAGCCAGGCCUAUGCAGAAGUCUCUGGAGCCAGGGAGAGCAGGAGGAGGCCCACUGGGGGCCUUUCCCCCUUGUGGGGGCGUUUCUUUCUUUUUCU